UUCUUGACUCCAUUCGCUCUCCUCUGUUUCUGCCGUUCUAUACAUACCUACUCAAGAUCCAGAGAGAAAAAGACAGAGAGAGCGUACAGAGGUGGAGAGAGAGAGAGAGAGAGAGAGAGAGAAUUCUGAGACGACAAUGGCGGUUUCUUUGAGGAGUUUUUCUCUGUGUUUCGUGCUUCUGUUGUUGUUCGUUGCGGUAAUGUCUGGAGUAAGAGAGGCGGUUUCAGAUGCGAGGAUUAAAGAAGCAGAGCAGUUGCAGAGCUCAAAGAACUCAUCAUUCGCCGGGAGGUUGGAUGUGGUUGAAGAACGGAAUGAACACGCAGUCGACAAUCCGGAGGAAGUUGCUUCCAUGGUGGAGAUGACCAUACGGAACAGCACCGAAAGGAGGAACUUGGGUUACUUUUCCUGUGGCACAGGCAAUCCCAUUGAUGACUGCUGGCGCUGUGACCCAAAUUGGCAUCUCCACCGCAAGCGCCUCGCUGACUGUGGCAUAGGGUUUGGCCGCAAUGCUGUCGGUGGUCGCGAUGGUCGCUUCUACGUGGUCACUGAUCCCAGUGAUGACGAUGCAGUCAACCCUCGACCUGGCACCCUGCGCCAUGCUGUCGUCCAGGACGAGCCCCUGUGGAUCGUGUUCAAGCGGGACAUGGUUAUCACUCUCAAGGAAGAGCUCCUCAUGAAUAGCUUCAAGACCAUUGAUGGCCGUGGUGUCAACGUCCACAUUGCCAAUGGGGCUUGCAUCACUAUUCAGUAUGUAACCAACAUCAUCAUCCAUGGCCUACACAUUCACGACUGCAAGUCCACUGGCAAUGCCAUGGUCCGCAGCUCUCCAAGUCACUAUGGGUGGAGGACAAUGGCCGACGGUGAUGGCGUCUCCCUCUUUGGAGCUAGCCAUGUGUGGGUUGAUCACAACUCUAUCUCCCAAUGCGCUGAUGGCCUCGUUGAUGCUAUUAUGGGUUCGACUGCCAUCACCAUCUCUAACAACCACUUCGCCCACCAUAAUGAGGUAAUGCUUUUGGGUCAUAGUGACUCCUACACAAACGACAAGCAGAUGCAAGUCACCAUCGCUUAUAACCAUUUCGGACAAGGUCUCAUUCAAAGGAUGCCAAGGUGUAGACAUGGGUAUUUCCAUGUGGUGAACAACGACUAUACUCACUGGGAAAUGUAUGCAAUUGGAGGAAGUGCUAACCCAACCAUCAACAGUCAGGGAAACAGAUACCUUGCCCCAACCAACCCUUUUGCCAAGGAGGUGACAAAGAGGGUGAGCACAGCGGAAGGUAUGUGGCAGGGAUGGAACUGGAGGUCGGAAGGGGACAUGAUGUUGAACGGAGCCUACUUUACCGCAUCUGGCGCUGGGGCUUCAGCCAGCUAUGCAAAGGCUUCAAGCCUUGCGGCCAAGUCUUCAUCCAUGGUGGCCUCUAUGACAUCUGGUGCUGGCCCUCUCAGCUGCAAAAGAGGCCACCAGUGCUAGCUAACCUCUCCAUCCAAUUUAAAAAAAAAAAAAGAAUAGAAAAAAAAAAAAAGGAUUUUUCUUUCCCCUUUUACCAUUAUAGCAGUCCCCUGGUAAGCCCUGAUUCUGUUCUUCUUCAAUUCGGACCCCUGCCUCUCAAUACCUCUUGUCCAGCGUUGACAAGUGUACAUUCUAUACACAUGUCAAUGUUGUCUUUACAGCACCAUUGUUCCAAAUUGCUCAUUAUUCCACUGGGAGGUAUUACCUUUUUCUCGGUGUCAUUGCUCAACCUCGGCCUGCUUCCUUUGGAGCAGGUGCGGAAGUGUUGUUCAUUGCCUUUUCUUUUUCCCAUUAUUUUCUUCUCUCUCUUCAAUUCCUCCAUCGCCCACACUCACCCUGGCUUCUUCUAUCCAGUCUCUGUUUUCAGUAUCUGCAUCUACGCAAUAUCUCGAUUCCUAGUAUACAGUGACCAAGGAUUUUGUAAUUCUUUUCUUUGUAAGUGAUACCUGCAUGGUAUGGAUGGAGAUUUGAGUAUUGAAACUCACAGAUGAAUGUAGUAGCAUCUCCUUUUACCAAUAGAAAUAGUCUUUGUGUGUUCUUA